UUGGGAUUUUAAAUUUUCAAAUCAUUCCGCAUUUUGAAAAUUUUGCAUUUUCAACUGAGCAUUACCUCUAAGAUGUAUAAACUCAUCCUAUCAGCUUUUUGCUUGAUUUUUGUUGCUGGAAUUGUAUCUGCAGGUGAUGAAGAUGACAUUCAAGAAAUGAAACAAGCCGUCUGCAUUGAUAAAGAUGACAAGAAAAUUCAGUGCCUGAGAGAAUUAUUAGUUCCGAUAACUGACGCUAUCGUAAAAACUGAAUGCAGUGAUAAAGUACCAGUUUGCGGAAAAGAUAUGGAAACAAAGCUUUGUGAUGCGUCUAUUCCUGACAUUAAAAUGUGCUGCGAUUGCCUGAUGGAAAAACUUACGGGUGAACCGAAAGAGGCAUACAUGAAAACAAACGGAUGCUUUCAGUAGAGAUGUCAAGUGAAGGAAAAAGCUUUACAAUGACAAGAAAAUUUAAAAUACUAAGUGUAUUGUUUUUUUAUCAUACAGAAGUUUAUAUUUUAAUAAAACUUGAUUAAAAAUUGUCAA